AUGACUGGUCGCCGACGGUUCAACUGCGUCUCUGCGCAACGGGAACUCGAGAUGGGCAGACAGAGCUAUCUGGAAGUCCUGAACGAAAACCGGGGAAGCAUUCUUCCUGAGCACCAUCCGCUCACCAUGCAAGUAAAUCGUGUUUUGCAGCGCUUGAUUCCGCAGGCGCCGAUUGAAGGCGCAGACUGGAGGGUCCACGUCAUCAAGGAUGAUAGCAUGCUCAACGCCUUUGUUCUUCCUGGCGGUAAGGUGUUCGUCUAUACCGGUAUCUUGCCUAUAUGCAAAGACGAGGAUGGCUUAGCAGCCGUGCUAGGGCAUGAGAUUGCCCAUGUGGUGGCCCAUCAUCCGGCGGAACGCAUGAGCAACAGCUUUAUCACCAUGGGAGCUGCUUUCCUUGUCUCACUGCUGUUUGACAUCUCUGGACACCUCCCCUCAUUGCUUAUGAACCUUGCCUAUAGCCUGCCAAACUCACGAACACAGGAGGCUGAAGCGGAUGAGAUCGGACUAAUGAUGAUGUCGAAAGCAUGUUUCAAUCACGAGGCCGCAGUCGAAUUAUGGGCACGUAUGCAGGAAGCUGAGAAGGGAGCACCGCCACAAUUCCUGUCAACACAUCCCUCGAGUUAUAACCGUAUGGAGGCGAUCCGUGGAUGGAAGCCCCUUGUCAUUAUGUCGUUGUCUAUGCCUGGUCCCUCCCAGGCCGGGCUUUUCAAGCCUGGCUAUCAGAGCCACGAUGCCGAAGAUGGCGCCGUUAUUCGUAACAUCGAAGCCUGCCAGGCUAUCUCUCAGACUGUUCAAACAUCGCUUGGUCCUUAUGGCCGCAACAAGAUCGUCAUCAACCACCUGCAGAAGAUGGUUCUUACUUCCGAUGCCGCUACCAUUCUGCGCGAGCUGGAUGUCGUACACCCUGCCGCCAAGCUACUUGUCAUGGCCAGUCAGCAGCAGGAUGUGGAGAUGGGUGACGGUACCAACCUGGUCAUCAUUCUGGCCGGAGAACUGUUGAAGAAGGCUGAGGAAUUGAUCCGUUUGGGUUUGAAGACGAGCGACAUCGUCCAGGGUUAUGAGAAGGCACAGAACUUUGCCCUCAAGGUGCUAGAAGACCUCGAAGUCGAUCGCCUGAAGGAACUUCGCUCCAAGGAAGAGCUCAGCAAGGCUCUUCGUACAGUCGUCGCCAGCAAGCAGUCCGGAACGGAGGAUACCUUGGCCUCGUUGGUUGCGGAAGCCGUGCUCGCUGUCCUGCCUAAGAACCCCGUUAAUUUCAACGUCGACAACGUUCGUGUAGUGAAGAUCAUGGGUGGUAGCUUGGAACAGUCUCGUGUGGUGAAGGGAAUGGUUCUUGGCAGAGAACCUGAUGGCACCAUCAAGAAGGCUACCAAGGCUAAGGUCGGCGUGUUCAGCUGCCCCAUCGACAUUUCUCAGACCGAAACCAAGGGCACUGUGCUGUUGAAGAGCGCGGAUGAGAUGCUUAACUUCACCAAGGGUGAGGAGGAACGCCUUGAGACCGCCAUUAAGGAGCUCUAUGACUCCGGUGUUCGCGUCGUCGUGGCCGGUUCCUCCGUUGGUGAUCUGGCUAUGCACUACCUCAACCGCUUCAACAUCCUUGUGAUCAAGAUCCUCUCCAAGUUCGAACUCCGCAGACUUUGCCGUGUCGUCGGCGCUACUCCUCUUGCCCGUCUAGGUGCCCCUAUGCCCGACGAAAUGGGUAGCAUCGAUGUCGUUGAGACCACCGAAAUCGGCGGUGAUCGUGUGACCGUCUUCCGUCAAGAGGAGGCCAACACUGUGACCCGCACAGCUACCAUUGUUCUGCGUGGAGCGACACAAAACCACUUGGACGAUGUCGAGCGUGCCAUCGACGAUGGUGUGAACGCGGUCAAGGCCAUUACCAAGGACCCCCGUCUGGUUCCCGGCGCAGGCGCUACUGAAAUCCAGCUCGUGGAGAAGAUUUCUGCAUUCGCCGAUCGGACCCCAGGAUUGCCUCAGCAUGCCAUUCGUAAGUACGCUGAGGCUUUCGAGGUCAUCCCCCGCACCCUUGCGGAGUCCGCUGGUCUCGAUGCCACCGAGGUUCUUUCUCGUCUGUACACAGCCCACCACCGCGCCAGCACUGGUGCCGACGCCUCGUCAGAAGAGGAGUCGGGUAGCUCCGAGGAAGAGGAACCAUACUGGACGACCGGUGUUGAUCUGGAAUCGGGUACCUCGGCUGGUACUUUGGACACCGUCGAGGAGGGUAUUCUCGACCUGUUGGCUUCCAAGAGCUGGGCUAUCCGCCUGGCCAGCGAGUCCGCGCGGACAGUCCUCAGCGUCGAUCAGAUCAUCGUCGCUCGUCAAGCAGGUGGUCCCAAGCCACCCGGCCCCAACGCUAACUGGGAUGAGGAUUAA